CAGCUGUACAGCCAGCCAGCCGCUGAAUGCAGGUAACGUUACGGUACCGCCUCUGCUGUCGGUCCGGCGAACUUGGACAACAUGCCGCUUUCAAACAGACUCGUCACUCCGCUGCAACUUUCUCUUGGCGUGUCUGGACUGAAAUGAUCAUCUGGAGCGUUUCAUCGACACAAACACAAACACCGCACGGUCGACGCUCAACCCUGAAAGCUGAGAUGUGGCCGGGACUCACCUGAGCGGACUAAAUAGAAGAGACCUUAACUUAACAAGCUUCUUUUUUUUGUGUGUGUGUGUGGAUUUUAUUAAAAUGGGUGAGCUGUGGACGAACUACGUUUUCUUCAUGGCGUGUUGCUCUGGAUUAGGGUUUGGAAGCCCAAACAGAUGCGACGAAGUGCGGAAAGUUUUCCAACUCAGACAAAUUGGACCAAAUCAAUUAUUGCCGUUAAGCCCCAGACCAGGUUCAGACCUUCAGGUGUGCGUGACCAAGAACCUGACCUGCUGCACCAAAAAGAUGGAGGAGAAGUACCAGGUGGCGGCCCGGAGAGACAUCCAGAACCUCGUCCAGACGUCCAGCUCCAGCCUCAAGUUCCUCAUCUCGCGCAACGUCGCUGCUUUUCAAGAGACCUUUGAGGUCCUGAUGAGGCAGGCGGAGAAUCGCACGAAUGCAGUCUUCCAGGAGUCUUACCGCAACAUGGCUGAUCAGGCCGUGGGCCCUGUGCGGGAACUCUUUACAGAUAUUAGUCUCUUCCUGCUGGGGUCUGAGCUCAACAUUGAUGACUUAGUGCAACGAUUCUUUGACGCUCUCUUCCCGCUGGUCUACAAUCACCUCAUCAACCCAGGCCUCAGCAACCUAUCACCAGGCUACGCUGAGUGUGUAAGGUCGUCCAGCCGGGAUGUAAGACCGUUUGGUGGGGCGCCCAGCCUCCUGGCUGAUCAGAUUGCUCGCUCUGGGGUCUCCGGGAAGCUUCUCCUUCAGGCACUGCACCUCGGCAUCGAGGUCAUCAAUACCACAGACCACUUACAGCUGAGCCGCGAGUGCAGACGGGCCCUGCUUAAGAUGCACUACUGUCCUCACUGCCAGGGCUUAACCCAGUCCAAACCCUGCAUGGGUUACUGCCUCAACGUGAUGCGAGGCUGCUUGGCAAGCAUGGCGGAGAUCGACACCCACUGGAGGGAGUUUGUUCGCUCGCUGGAGGGCCUGUCAGCACGGAUGCACGGACCUCAGGAUUUGGAGCAAGUGCUUCUGGGAGUUCACACACUGCUUCACGAUGCUGUCGGACAUGCUCAGAAAAAUGGCCCCCGCCUCUCAGCACAGGUGCACAAACUGUGUGGCCCACCAAGCAGGAAGCCUGCGCAGUCAGUCCGCAUCCAGCACAGCAGCAACAGCAGAGAAUCCAUCCCUCUUAAUGCUCUUGUCAGAGUGUCAGGGGACUCGCUCGCUGUCAGGAGGAGGGACUUUCUGAACAGUCUACGUCUCUACCGUACGCUCUACGGCGGCCUGGCGGAUCAGCUGUGUGUGAGUGAGCUGGCCUCUGGUGACGGGCUGUCCUGCUGGAAUGGAACCUACAUCGUAAAAAGCUACACUCUCCGUGUGGUCGGCAACGGGAUCAAGGCUCAGAGUGCCAACCCUGAAGUGAAAGUGAAGGGAGCAGACCCUGUAAUAAAUCAGAUCAUUGACAAACUGAAACACAUCAAUCAGCUGUUACAAGGAAAGUCCAUUCCUAAACUGGGGUCACUGGACCAGAUUGAAACAGGAAGUGGAGACGCAGAGGGACGUUACAGCGGCGAAUGUGACGAUGAAGACGGCUGUGGUGGUUCAGGUGGUGGAGAGGUGAGGAGGAAAGUCUCCAGAGUCUCCAAAUUUAGUCCAGAUGUGACCGGUGAUCACAAACAUCAUCAUCAUCAUCAUCAUUAUCCACCUGCCGAGGAUUCAGAGAUGGAUGGCAGAUCCAGGAGCCUUGGACUGACAGGGGCCAUCUGGGUCUUGAUAUUGCCUUGUUUACAUAUGCUCAUGGCCUUGUAACAGCUGCCUUUUUGCAGCAUGAAACUUUCAAGACUUGUUUUCAAGCUUAUUUAGAAAUGAAAGGUCCAGUGGAUGUAACAGGCUUUAUGUAAUGGAGCACCACUUCCACACAGUGCAGGACACGGUACUCUGUGAACCCUAAUGAUCGUGUGGAAAUGACAAGACACUGUGGCUUAUGUAAGACGGCAUAUGGUUCAGCUUUGCGAGUAGUAAUUAUUUUUUACCUGGCAUUCAAUAACACUAAUGACUUAUUUAUAACGGCGGAUGUCAAGAAUAACUACAACUUAUGUUGUAAAGGUUUGACAUUAAUUUAAUUGUAUUGCUACACAUAAUAUAUAUAUAUAUAUAUGAUCUAUGAUCUGUGUGUGUGUGUGUGUGUGUGUGUGUAUAUAUAUAUAUAUAUAUAUAUAUAUAUAUAUAUAUAUAAGCAUUAAUUUGCAUCUGCAUAUCACAUUAUAAUGCACAGUACAGGUUGCACUUCUUUUAAGCAGGGUUUAAAAACUGCUGUGAAAUGAGUCAGUCUAUAUGGAUAAGUUGGAUUUGAAAUUGAAAAAAGUCAGUCUCCCCAGCUCUUACAGUUAGCUCUUACAGUUGCAAUAUUUAUACACGCUAAAUUAAAAUGGCCUGUUAUUGUUAAAGCAUUGUAUGAAUCCCUUCUGACUAUCAACCUGUCUUUACAGACAUUUCUUUUUAUACUAAAGUGCUUCAGAUUGUAGAAAUCUUACAAGAAGCUCUCAGAUAUGGUCCCUAUGUUUUAAACAUUUUGCUAAUAAGAAUAAAAAAUGAUUCAAGACAUCUGCUAUUCACUUGUAAUAGCUGCAAUUCUGUUCAAAGUCCAUUUAAUUGGCUUAUUUCAAUUGCAAAAUUGACCUGUAAUGCUAUUGCCGAGGAAAAUUGUGAAAGGAGAGUGGUAGGCAGGUGGAAGUCGUGGGCAAGUGAGAGAGUUCAUACUCCUUUCUUCUUUAGGAAUAGAUUAGUUUCUUCAGGAGUCUAUUAUCAUCUUUCAAACCCAAUCCUCCUCCUCCGGACGGGAGCUGAUAUAGCUCCUGGAGUCACUGGUGAGGAAGAAUCCAAUUGCUCCUACCUACUACCUAACUGCGUACUGCUAGUGUGUUACUGGCAGGUUUCUGUGCAGAGAAAAAGAAAAUGCAUGCAUGUCUGGUCAAUGGCUGAGAGAGAAUAAAGUACUCAACGGUAUCGACAAUUGGUUCUUUGGCUCACAUAUGCUGGGAAACUACUUGGAGAGCUUAAGAAAUAAUCCUAUUGAGAUGCUGCAGAAGCUAAAAUGAUACUCUUUAAAACCAAAUUUCACUAUUCAUAUACAGCAUAUACUGUAUGCAUAAAUACAUACAUACAUACAUACAUACAUACAUACAUACAUACAUACAUACAUACAUACAUACAAACCACAGACAUAAACAGGAAAAACUUUAAAGAGCUGCUACUGUAAAUAGACGACAAUGUAAAAAUAACUUUUGAAAUAACAUUUAAUUGGGGCUCAAAACAGCCAAAAGUACAUUCUCCUCAGGUACUCUGAUCAUAUAUGAUAGGAUCUGAUCAUAGACUGUGACCUUCCUCACGCUGCAGUUGGCCUAAGCAUAAUUGUUGUCAUUCAUCAUUUUCACCUUUAAUAUACCAGGUGAGGCUUUUAUCAUGCUAUAAAGUCAAGGCUGUUUGAGCAUCUGAACCACUUGAGUAGCUUGGAGCUUUUUCCAACUACAGUCUCAAGGUUAAUGAAUAAUAACUUUGAGAUUAAUUAUACUACUCAUUUAUUACUGUAUUGUAUUUGGUACUUUGUAUUUGAAUUAAUGUCUUGUAUAUGAGGCUUUUGUUUUGGGGGUGAUUCCCUGGCGACAAUAGUCACUGCUUAACAACCUUAACACACUUGUUAAACUCCCUAACAAGUCACGACUGCUCCCCCAAACCAAUUAUAUCACAAGUUGGCACCCUCAAAGUCAGUGCUACUGCCGUUGGAACAGCUCUGUUAAUGACACUAUUAAAGAAUAGUGUUCAGCCUCUAACUAGAUAACAGGAGCAGGCACAGAGACAAAGGUACCUUGAGGCUAACUAUAUAAGAUGUCAGGUUAUAGUGCCACUCGUUUGCUUAAGGGAAAGAGUUCAAUUUGAUGUCUUAUGUGAUUAUUAUAGCUCCAUACUGAGAUAGUUAUCCAGAGAAAGGAGGAAAGGCGCUAGAUGCUGAUGAUGAAAAUGCCAAUGUUGUGAUGACGUGCACCCACAUCCAGACAGGUGUCAUCCUGUGGGCAUUGCAAUGUGUCAGAAUGUCUCGAAAAACAUGUUUACUCUCUAAUUCUGUGUUCAGAGAGUGAAUGCAUUAUUUGAAAAAUAAAUUCCUCUAAUACAUGCAG